CCCAACCAACCCCUGCAAGUGGUCAAAUUCGGUUCUCUGAUGCUCAUCUGUUUAGUGUGACGUAAGAACCUAAGAAGAAGAAGAAGAAGAAGAAGAAGAAGAGGAGAAGAAUCGGAGUUUACUGAGAGAGAUGGCGUCGGAGGUGACGUGUUGCGGGACCAAGUUCUGGAUUUAUUUGCUGGUGAUCAUCGGCCUGGUCUGCUUCGCCGGAAUGAUGGCCGGGCUCACUCUCGGCCUCAUGUCUUUGGGCCUCGUCGACCUCGAGGUGCUCAUGAAGUCCGGCCGUCCUCAGGAUCGGAAACACGCCGCUAAAAUCUAUCCGGUGGUGAAAAAUCAGCAUCUGCUACUAUGUACACUUUUAAUUGGCAACGCAUUAGCGAUGGAGGCUCUUCCGGUCUUCUUGGACAGUCUUGUGCAGCCUUGGGCAGCAGUUGUUAUAUCUGUCACUCUCAUUCUCUUGUUUGGAGAGAUAAUGCCGCAAGCUGUGUGUACUCGCUAUGGAUUGACUGUUGGGGCAACCAUGGCACCAUUUGUUCGCGUUCUUCUAAUGCUUUUCCUCCCUAUUUCUUACCCAAUUAGUAAGGUUCUGGAUUACAUGUUAGGUAAGGGACAUAGUGCUCUCCUAAGAAGAGCUGAGCUAAAGACUUUUGUGGAUUUUCAUGGAAAUGAGGCUGGGAAAGGUGGGGAUCUCACACAUGAUGAGACUACCAUCAUUGCUGGGGCACUUCAAUUGACUGAAAAGACUGCUAAAGAUGCCAUGACUCCCAUAUCAAAUGCAUUUUCCCUUGAUCUGGAUGCACCUCUUACUUUGGAAACACUGAAUGCGUUAAUGGCAAUGGGUCAUAGUAGAGUUCCAGUUUAUGCUGAGAAUCCCAGAAAUAUAAUUGGACUUGUUCUGGUUAAAAAUCUCUUGAUGAUUGAUACAGAAGAAGCAGUUACUUUGAGAAAAAUGAUGAUAAGAAAAAUUCCUCGGGUUUCAGAAGACAUGCCGCUAUAUGAUAUUCUCAAUGAGUUUCAGAAGGGUCACAGUCACAUUGCUGUUGUAUAUAAGGAUGUCAAGGAAACACUAAAGAAUGGCAAAGAGAGUGAAACACUAGAGGCAUCACUGAGGAAAGAUGAAAAAACGGGUGGCUCAACAGUUGAGACUAAGAGUUUGGAGCCAAAAUUAGAUUCAGACAAUGCUCAGAUAGAUUUAGACCAUGGUGAUGGGGGUCAAAAAACUAAGAAGAUCCCACCAGCUACUCCUGCUUUUAAGAAGCGGCACAGAGGGUGUUCAUUUUGCAUUCUGGACAUUGAGAAUGGUCCCAUUCCAGUAUUCCCACCAAGUCAAGUUGUUGUUGGAGUAAUUACCAUGGAGGAUGUCAUUGAAGAACUUCUUCAGGAAGAGAUACUGGAUGAAACAGAUGAGUAUGUUAACAUCCAUAACAGGAUUAAGGUCAAUAUGCAUGCAUCUCAGGAAAAUGCUUCGUCCUUGAUUUCACCCCAGCCUUCCCCAGAAGGGUCAUCUGUCACUGACACCUCAGCACCGAUAUCAUCAGCGCCAACGGAUUCAGGUUCCAGUCAAUAUCAAGACUCUGAUAAGACUGCUGCAAACACCAGUGUGUCUCAAGCUUCCGAAGCUGACAUGUCAAGGGAUCGAUAGGAUUGGUAAUUCUUUUGUUCUUCGUAUGAGUCAAACUUAGAUGCACAAAAAGCAGAUGAUUCUAGUGUAAAGCUCACUUAAUAUUAUCGAACUCUAAAGUUCCUACAAUGAUAGUUCUUCUAAAA